AUGGAGAAGUUUGAAAAAUUGUCAUUGCCUUCAAAUGUUCGACCAGAGACGCGCUAUGACCUGCCUUUCAGUUGUCAUCCACCAAAGUUUCCUCCUUUGCCAACUACUGAAUUUGGCGUGGCAUUUAGCCCUUCAUUUCCAGAUUGGUUUGUUUGUGGGGACUAUAUGAAAAUUCUUCGUCAACAUUACAAAAAACCUGCUGAGUCCGUAAGGAUUACCAAGAAAACUUCUGUCGAAGCGUCACCAAGUGCUGCUAAGAAACCUUCGACAAAGGUAAGUCGAAAACCCCCAUCAGUCCAAAAAAGAAAGAAUGAAGAGGAGAAAGUUCCUAAUGAAGAAUCUGGUGACGAAUCCCCAGAGCCAAUCCCCCCUCCUCGGAAGAAGAAGAAAAUCAAGAAGGUGUCUUCCCAAAGAUCUAUUGUUAAGUCAGCUCACAAAGUCCCUCCAACUUCCAAACUUCAAUCGAAGGAUACAGAGAGUGGGAAAUCUAGUCUUAAUACUGAGAUUCCUGAGAUACAACUGGUUGUCGAAGGGAGCUCUGAGAAAACUCUGGAAAAGACAGUCCAAGAAGAAAAUACAAUGGAUCAUGACAGGAAGACUGUACCAGAAUUCGACGCUACAAUGGGUGAAGCUUCUGAAGACGAAUCUCCUCCUCAUCCAGGAUUAAAUGCUGCAAAUCAGGGCGACGAUACUGAUAUGGAAGCUGGGGUCGAAGAGGACCAUGAAGAAGAAGCUGCUAAAGAUGAGGAUGACCAGUCGAAACAACCAGAUGCUGGGCAAACUUCAGGACGAAACGCUCAACCCGCUUCCGGCCAGACCAAAGGAAGUGCCGUAUCAACUGGUUCGACUAGUUUUUCUCGUGAAGAGCUUGAGAGUCUCAAAGUGCAGAAACCUUUAGAAUAUCUGAAGGCCAUGCUUAGUGCUCGUUUUAAUUUUCAAGAUUCUUUGCAGAGCAGUUUGACUACUUCUGGGGCCACUUCUGAAGCACCAUCUCUUGACAAUAUCUUGACCAAGAUUAAGACGAAAUUCCUUGAUGCUGAUUUGUUCAAAGUUUUGGAAGAAAACGCCCUUGCUCACAUUGAACUCAAGAAAGUUUUGAAACAAAUAAACGUCUUGGAAACUUCUGCCGAGGUUGGCAAUUUUGUGAUGGAGUUGAUGACCCUCAUUGACUUGGCGACUGCAGACCUUCAUCGUCAAAGAGAUCUUUCCCAGCAAAUCUCUACAAAAUCUGAGACUCAAAUUGCUGAAUGGGAUGCUGUUGCAACUUCGACUGACAAAGUUUCAAAGCUGCAGCAGCUUUCUGAAACUUAUAUCAAAGAAAUUGUUGCUUAUGAUGAUAAUAUCCAGAAAUGGGAGAAACAAAUAGCAGCACUUCAAGAAAAAAUCUCCCAAGAGAAAAAGCGCAAAGCAUCCAUACAACAACCUAAGCAGAAUGAGAUUGACGGCGAACUGAAGUUUCAGAGAAAGAAAUUCGCCACGUUGAAGGAAACUUUUGCUAGUCUCAAAUUGUAG